CCGCCUUGUGCUGCACGUUGUAAACAAAGCAACUCUUCUGUCACUGCAACAAUUUGCGAUUUGAAACGAGAGAGAAAGAAAAGUUUUUGUGGACUUUUUUUGGGGAGAGUGUUCAUCUCAAGACAAUCAGAAGUUAAAACCAACAGGCUCCGCAGGUCUUUGAAAUGGAUGACAUCCAAGUUGUUGAGUCCAAACCCCUGCUUGUUGACCGGGACCUUCCGGGCCUGAGGGAGGCUGUGCAGCAGCUCGUUAUCAAGGAGCAUGAUGUGGAGACUCCGCAUGGACGAAUCCACUGUACAAUGAAGGGGGUGCCCAAGGGUGACAGACCAGUCAUCCUCACCCUCCAUGAUAUUGGACUGAACCACAAAACCUGCUGGAACUCACUCUUCAACCAUGAGGACAUGUCAGAGAUCAUGCAGCACUUUGCUGUGUGUCAUGUUGAUGCCCCAGGGCAGCAUGAGGGAGCUAACACCUUUUCCACUGGAUAUGAGUACCCUUCUAUGGACCAACUCUCUGAGACCCUCCCACUGGUGUUGAAGCACUUUGGGCUGAAGAGUGUUAUUGGAAUGGGCAUUGGAGCUGGCGCCUACAUUCUGACCAGAUUCGCUCUGGACUACCCGGACAUGGUAGAGGGCCUGUUGCUCAUCAACAUCAACCCGUGUGCUGAGGGAUGGAUGGACUGGGCUGCCCACAAGAUCAGCGGCUGGACUCAUGCCAUGCCCGACAUGAUCAUUACCCACCUCUUUGGAAAGGAAGAGAUCCACAACAACCAUGACCUGAUCGGAACAUACCGCCACCACGUCCUGAACGACAUGAACCAGUUUAACCUGCAUCUCUUUGUCAAGUCCUACGAAAGUCGGAGGGAUCUGGAAAUUGAGAGGCCGAUCCCUGGAGGCAGUGUCAGAACCCUUAAAUGCCCUUCUCUGCUGGUGGUUGGCGACAGCUCCCCUGCUGUGGAGGCUGUGGUUGAGUGCAACACCAAGCUGGAUCCCACAAAGACUACCCUGCUGAAGAUGGCGGACUGCGGCGGCAUGCCCCAAGUUGACCAGCCUGGGAAACUGACAGAAGCUUUCAAGUACUUUAUUCAGGGCAUGGGAUACAUGCCCUCCGCCAGCAUGACCCGCCUGGUCCGCUCACGCACCGCCUCCGGCUCCAGCGUCACUUCCUUCGACGGUAACCGCUCCCGCUCCCACACCAGUGAGGGAAACCGCUCCCGCUCCCACACUAACGAGGGCAGCCGCAGCCGCAGCCACACAACCGAGAACCAGCGCGGCCGCUCCCACACAGACGGCUCCAUGGACGGCACAGCCAACGUGGACCAAGCCGUGCCCAAGUCCACUGAAGUGUCCUGCUAAGUGAACCUCCACUCUCCAGACACCCAAACCUACACCUCUCAAGGUCCCUUUGGUUUGUGCUGCGCUGCCUCUAACUGACACACAGACACACACAUUCCUGCGCACAUACACUGAGAUGUGGAGAGUGAAACUAAGAUAGCAUACCUGCAACAGUAAAAACGCACAAUGGACACUCACCUGCAGAAUAGUCAUUGCAGCUGAGAUGACCCAGUUUUAAAUAAUGUCUUUUGAGUGGGAGACCAGGGUCAGCUGGAUGCCUGGUUUGUCAUUUUUAGGGACUCAAACAUAUCUGAACAGAAAAGGCUCCUGAUCUCCUUGUUCAGGUGAGUGUGUAGUUGGGGGCAACGCAGCAUCUGGGGACACCGAAGCAGAGAAUGUCGGAGAAAGCUGUGGCUACGAGUACACCAGCUUGUAUAUGUAUCUCUUUAUAAUCUGUCAUAUGUAUUAAUAAAAAAAAAAAAUCUUAAUUUUCCAUUUCUGCAUUCCAAUACCCUGUUUUUAUUAAUUUUUACCAUAUUGACACAGCUUUCUCAAAUAUACCUAAAUGUAAAUGACUUUUUUCCCCCAUGUUUGAUGUGGUGGUGUUUGUACGUAGGAGCAGAUUUGUAGAUGUGGAGAGAGAAUGUGGGGGGGGUGGCACUUGGAUAAGUAAAAAAUGUCAGUUUGCCUCACAAAUUAAGUGACAGACUUAAAGUACAUCGUGUGUGUAAAUAAUAUUGUUCCAUCUUGCCAAUGUCCUUUAUCCUUGAGUUGUUGUGUUUUUUUUGUUUUUUUUAAAAACAUUCUCUUAUUUUAAUAAUUUGGUCCGCUGGUGAACUUAUAUAUAUUUCAGGAAUCAAAUGAUAAUUUUUACUACAUUCCAGUAAGACCCUAUGCUUUGUCAUUAAUCCAAACAUAUUCUGAAACACAAAUUCAAAAGCUUUUACAUCGUGUGCUUUAUUAAAGGAUCAUGGCUUCAGACAAAAAGUUUAUUUUUUAUGAUUUCUAUGCAAUCAAGCACAAUGGAACAAAGAUGUGCCAUGAAAUUGUUCACUUUUUAGAUGUGAUGCUCCUAUGUGGUUGUGGAUUUUUGGGUGAAGUGAUAGGUCCACAUGUUAACAUGAGGAUAGCCAUAGAACUUACCUGUCACCUUCUACUCCCGUAUUUUACUUGCACUACAGCAACAUUUUGCUUUGUAGUACACACAAACAGCUUUGUAAAGAUAUCAUGCAAUGCACAACCGUCUAAUGCUGUAGAAAACAUUAAAAUGACAUAACAGUUUGUAUUUAUUAAAAAAAUGACAAUAAAAACUUGUAACAGAU